AUUUCUCUUCCCCACCAUGACCUCCUCAUGACCAAAUGUCCCCAGAGCGGCCCCGUAUAUCUCCAGCAGCCCUCCAUGGAGAUCAUCCAGCUCACUGAAGUUUCCCCACCGCCCCGCGGCGAGGCUCCCUUUGCUCUCACCGCCAGCUCCUUCGCCUCUUCCUCGUACUCCUCGUCCACCGACUCCGAAGAGGACGAGUCUGUGUGCUCGUCAUACUGUUCGUCCGACCCCGAGGAGGAAGCGCGCACUUCUGCGCCGGACGACACGUACAAGACGCGUCUCCACCGUGUCCUGCUAUGGCGAGAGAAGCUCGCAAAGGCUAUGGGCACAACCGCCCUUGCCUCACUCGCAACCCCACCAUCGUCAACUCUGUUGAAGCGAAAGGCCGAUGUUGAUGUGCAUGAUUCGGAUGAUGACAUGGCUUCCCAUUCGUCGAAACGAUCGCGUUCGGAUGCUUAUCGAUCGCAAGCGCCGUGGACGCAGAGACGUCUUUGCGCACAUUCCUGCCCCGCAUGCGACGCGUCGUUCGCCACGCGGCACAGCCUGCAGGAGCACGCCCAAGACCCGUCGUCCAACGACGCGUGCCGCACCGCCGUGGAAUAUGGCUUCGAGCCGUGAAGCACGACCCACGCACCCCAUUCUUGCCGCCCCCAUAGCCACCAUACCCGCAUCACGGCAUGGGUCCUUCGCAUAGUUUCCUGCAAGUCUUCUGCGUUCUGCACUCUCACGCCCGCCCGUUAUGCGUAGAUUCGCAUAAUCCUACCCUACACGUCACUAAGUCGUCUAUUCACACCGCACUGUAUCGUUUAUCCUGUUUGGUAAUGCACCGAGCUUAUUACACCAUAGCACAGCUGCAGCUGCUUGUACUAAUACCACCGAAGCUUACACUUA